AGAAAGACACGACUUGCACACACUGACCUAAAGAUGGCGGCUGUUAGUGGUGCGAGGAUAUUACACGGAAUUGGGCUUCAUGCAAUUCGAAAUACUGCUUUAAAAGCAACAACACACCUUCAGCGAAGGGCAUUCCGAGUCAAUGGAGCUCUUUGGCAGCAGCCUUUUGAUUCUCCAGUUGAGAAGCCCCAGUUUCCCGGGGCCUCGGCAGAGUUUAUUGAUCACCUUGAGUUUAUCCAGCCCAAUGUGAUCUCAGGAAUCCCUAUCUAUAGGGUAAUGGACAGACAGGGCCAGAUCAUUAAUCCUUCUGAGGAUCCUCAGCUUUCAAAAGAGAUGGUUUUGAAUUUCUAUCAAAAGAUGACACUGCUCAACACAAUGGAUCGUAUUCUUUACGAGUCCCAGAGGCAGGGUCGUAUCUCAUUCUACAUGACCAAUUAUGGUGAAGAGGGCACACAUAUUGGAAGUGCUGCAGCUCUUGACCCUAAUGAUUUGGUCUUCGGCCAAUACCGGGAAGCUGGUGUGUUGAUGUACAGGGGUUUUCCUCUGGAUCUAUUUAUGGCACAGUGCUAUGCCAAUGCUGAUGACCUUGGCAAGGGUAGACAGAUGCCGGUUCACUACGGCUGCAGAGAUCUCAAUUUUGUCACCAUCUCCUCACCGCUUGCCACUCAGAUCCCCCAAGCGGCUGGGGCGGCGUAUGCUAUGAAGAGGGAGAACUCAAACCGAGCUGUGAUUUGUUACUUUGGAGAGGGGGCAGCCAGUGAGGGAGAUGCUCACGCUGGAUUUAACUUUUCCGCCACCCUUGAAUGUCCUCUCAUAUUCUUCUGCCGCAACAACGGUUACGCUAUCUCCACACCGACCAAUGAGCAGUACAGAGGGGAUGGUAUUGCUGCUCGAGGUCCAGGAUAUGGACUGAUGUCGAUCCGUGUGGAUGGAAACGAUGUGUUCGCCGUAUACAAUGCCACAAAGGAGGCACGACGCAGAGCGGUGGCUGAAAACCAGCCCUUUCUCAUUGAAGCCAUGACCUACAGGAUCGGUCAUCAUAGCACCAGUGAUGACAGCUCUGCCUACCGCUCGGUUGAUGAGGUGAACUACUGGGACAAGCAGGACCACCCCAUCUCUCGUCUGAGACACUACAUGACUGCUCGAGACUGGUGGGGGGAGGACGAGGAGAGGGCUUGGAGGAAGCAGUCCCGCAAACUUGUGAUGGAAGCCUUUGAAAAAGCCGAGAGGCGCCUGAAACCUAACCCCAACUUGAUGUUCACAGACGUCUACAAUGAGAUCACUCCUCAUCUAGCAAAGCAGAAUGAUGCCAUGUGGAGGCACGUGCAGCAGUAUAAAGAGCAAUACCCACUGGACCUCUAUGAGAAAUAAGCUCGGUGUUUUCAAAGGAGGAAGGAGACACGGGGCGGUGGACACAACUGGGAAAUGUCUUGCACGUAUCCGUUUGUGUGAAUUGUUCUUUUUGUUUCCCAUUUAACAGUUUUUUUUUGGUUGCAUUAGAAAGCACAGACAUUAAACAAAUUGUUCACCCAAAAUGAAAACUGUGUCAUCAUUUACUCAACCUUAUCUUGUUCCAAACCUGUAUGACUUCCUUGGAAAAUGAAUGAUGUUAUGAAGAAUUACAGCCUCAGUAAACAUUCAAUUUAUUUGUAUAGUAAAAAAGAUGCAAUGAAAGUGAAUGGGGACUGAGACUAACAUGCUGUCUAAAAUCGGGUAUAAGGGUUUGGAAAGACAUAAAGGUGAGUAAACAAAGACAGAAUUUUCAUUUGAGAGAAGUAUCCCUUUAAGGGAUAUAUUCUUCUCCAUGUUUGCCACUAGAGGCCGCCCCAUUGUAAUGUUGUGCCUUGAAAUAGGUGGAAGACCUUAUGCCUAAUGUAGCAAACAUUCCCAUUGAAGUUUUAAUAGCCGUUGUAUACAGUAUCACGGUAUAGUGUUAUCAGUCCAGUCACCACAGUUUCUUGUGUUGAUGUAAAUCAUAAACACCUUGAUUAAUUACCGUGUGAUCUUUCAUAAAUCUCAUGGCACAUAUCUAAAGCACAAUGUAAUAGUGUUCUUUAUUUUCUCAUUAUCUUUGGAUCUUGGGCCUUCAAAACACUAAAAAUGAUCAUCACUAUUUUCUCAAUAUCCACAGAUAAUACAAAGAAUCAGUGAUAAAACAAAUGUGUGUAUUUUUACCCUCAGAUUUUCCACUCCAAACUGAGCUCUUCGAAACUAAGAGCCAUACAUUUUUGCAACCUUGAAAUGACCUGGAGCUAGAAAUGGUUUGUGUCCUUAUGAUGAUGACUUUGUGUUUAACUAAUUUUCUGUUUGUUAAUAAUGAACUGAACAAACAUUUUCUGUGUGAAACUCACUCAACUGUUACAUGACAUGAUGAUUGUUGUGUUUGAGAUUUAUUCCGAUUAGUUUUAGGUGUUUGUAAACUGAAAUUUAAACAAUAAAAAUGCUCAUAAAAUGUAA